CUCUUGUCCAUCCAUUCAGUUUGGGUGGUUCUGAGAUUUUCCUUCACUCUGGUCAUUGGAAACCCACAGAAAAGAGAAAAAGAGAGAGAGAGAGAGAGAGAGAGAGAGAGAGAGAUAAUAAUGGAAGCUAAAGCAUUUUGUAGCAGUAGAGUAGGAGUUCCUUUCCUUUGUUCUCCUCCUGAGAGACCUAAAUCAAGAACAAUUCAAUCUAUGGCUGCCCAGAAACCCAUUCCAUCAGCUAACAAAACUGUUUCCUCCAGGAAGAAUUCAACUGUCUUCCCACUGGGUGAACAACCAAGGAGCAGCCCCUUGGCAAGUUCACCACCAGUAAAGUUACUAACAAGGGUGGAGCAACUGAAACUGUUAACAAAAGCAGAGAAAGCCGGACUUUUAUCGGCGGCAGAGAAGUCCGGGCUGUCCCUGUCAACAAUUGAGAAACUGGGUUUGCUGUCAAAGGCAGAAGAGUUUGGUGUUCUAUCAGCAGCUACAGAUCCAGGGACACCAGGAGCCUUGUUGAGUCUUAGCUUAGGAUUGCUUCUUUUGGGUCCUUCUGUUGUUUACCUUGUGCCUGAAGAUUACCCUUGGCAGGUUGCUCUUCAAGCUUUUGUUGCUUUGGUCUCUGUGCUUGGUGGUUCUGCAGCUUUUGCUGCUUCAAAUCUUGUAUCAAACUUGCAGAAAUUAAAAUAAAAAAUUUGGAUGA